AGCUAACACACCCUAAUAUUUUAUCUCUGUCCGUCUAUCUUACUCAUUCACCCUCUCCAGCCGCAUUGGCUGUCUCCUGCACCAACUCCGGCUCUCUUAUCCACACUCGGCUCUGGCCUCCACUCACUCUGCCUCUCUCUUCCAACCCGCCUUCGCAUCGACGUCCGCCGUCGCUCCAUCGUCUCCGUCUCAGGCGUCGUCUCCAUCUCCGGUGCACGACUAUGAUUCUAAAUGGCUGCUCUAUGCCAACUGGGUGUUUCUCUAUAAAUAUCAGAACAAACAAGACAUUGAUACAUGGCUCUGGUACUUCACGCUUUCCUCAUUCGCAAAGUAAGGGCUCCUUUCCCAGAAUCAAUUCUUGGAUGCCACCCCUUCAUCUUUCUGCUGGAUCAUCUCCUCUCUUAAGUGGGGAGCAAGGAGGUAGGCUGUUGCGUGUCAUCCCCAUGUUACCAAAGCGUUGUCGACCAGGUACAUCUAUUAGGGCAGCUAAGGAUGUCCCUUCUAGUUUUAGGUUCCCACCAAUGACUAAGAAGCCUAGAUGGUGGUGGAGGAUGUUGGCAUGUCUUCCUUAUUUAAUGCCCCUCCAUGAAACCUGGAUGUAUGCUGAGACUGCUUAUCACCUGCAUCCUUUUCUAGAAGACUUGGAAUUUGCAACGUACCCUUUUCUUACAGCCAUUGGAAGUUUGCCAAGCUGGUUCUUGAUGGCAUAUUUCUUUGUUGCAUAUCUUGGAAUCGUGAGGAGAAAGGAAUGGCCUCACUUCUUCAGGUUUCAUGUAGUGAUGGGAAUGUUACUGGAAAUCGCGCUGCAGGUUAUUGGAACCGUCAGUCGUUGGAUGCCUCUUGCUCUGUACUGGGGCAAAGUGGGGAUGCAUUUCUGGACAGGGGUUGCCUUUGCUUACCUUUUUACAGUUCUGGAAUGCUUGCGCUGUUCUCUUGCCGGUAUGUAUGCUGACAUCCCUUUCGUUUGUGACGCAGCGUAUAUUCAAAUUCCCUAUGAUUAAGAUGGAAAAGACUAGGAAAAUAAUUUUCCAUGUAUCUUUCGCAAAAUGUCUUGGUUUUUUAUUGAGACUGUUGUACAUCUUGUAACUUGACAGGCUGUGUUUCUGCUGAAAUGGGAUUAGAAAUUUUGAUAGCAUUCCCCUUGUUCGACGAUCUUGUAUGUUUCUAUUAUUUGUAUUCUAAUUUAGUAAAUUUUGUGUCGA